AUGAAAGAUCUUUCUAAGGAAGAUUUUGAAAAGUCUAUUAACAAUAUAAACAGCUCGUAUUGUGAAUUGUUAGACAACUUUAAGGAGCAAUCAAUUCUGUGGUUCGACCUUUGGAAAAACACGGAGAUAGAUGCCAAAGCCUUGGAAAAACUGAACUUAAUAGAGGUUCUUGAGCAUGAGCAUGCCUGCUUUUUGCCGCCAGUAGCAAAAGCCAUCCAAAUAGCUCUUUGUCUGCCACCAACAACUUGCACCAUCGAGCGAUCAUUCAGCACUCUCAAACGUGUGAAGACCUGGAUAAGGAAUACGAUGUCGAACAAUCGUCUAAGUGGGCUAUGCCUGUUAUCUGUACACAGAAGAAAAAUAAAAGAAAAUAAAGAAAACUUCAUGCAGAAAGUAAUUGAUUUAUUUGCGAUGGACACCAGAAGAAUUCAAUUAUUAUUUAAGUAACAUUUUACUGACACUAACCGUGUUGCG